AUGGCCUUUCUGAGCAUGAGAGGCAGCUACUUGAGAAAUACACUACUGUGCUUCACGCAUCUUGGGGGUGGGAUGUGUACCUUGUCAACCGCAGAUGGCCCCCAGACUAAACUCAUGUGGCCCUCAGCUUUAUUUUACGCAGGUGACGAGGAGGGGGGAAGUGGGUGGCAGCAAGAAAGAGAAAGCCUUAGUAUGGAAGCAGAGAGUGGGGGCCACACCAUGGAUGCUGCCCCCCAUUCACUGGCAGACGGGGCCCCCAGCAGGGAGAGGGAAAAGUUGCCCACUCCUGUUCCUGAAGAAAUAGCAGGUGCAGCUGGAAUUGUGAGAAAGGGAGUCAACCCUUCUCCUGACCCCCACCUACUGCAGUCCCAAUUAAAAAUACACACCCUGCCCUCCAAGCGGUCCUUUUCCCUUGGAGAAAGGCUUACCAGUGUGAGCCAGUGUGGUGUAGUGGUUCAGAGCGGUGGACUCGUAAUCUGGUGA